AAAGAGUGUAAAGGGUCCUUUUGUCACUUUUAUUAUACAAGUUCGAAAUGACUCAUCAAAUAUUUCCUUCCAUUCUUGACAAUGACCUCUACAAGUUCACCAUGCAGAACGCUGUCUUUACUUAUUACAAGAGAGAUAUUCCCGUUGUGUAUCAGUUUACAAACAGAGAGAAGCAACUUCAACUGAACGCUGAAGCUGUUGACUGGCUUCAGAAGCAAAUCGAUGACCUGGAGAAUCUUCGAUUGACAGAUGCAGAACGUGAAUACUUGUCAGGCUAUCCUUACUUUCAACAAGACUAUAUCGACUUUUUAUAUCAAUUUCGCUACAAACCAAAGGAACAAGUGAAACUCAAAUUUGACAAGACAACCAAUGACCUUGAACUAGAAGUGGUUGGCAAUUGGCAUGAGACAAUUCUUUAUGAAGUUCCUUUACUGGCUCUCAUUUCUGAAGCUUAUUUCCGUUUUGUUGACAAGGACUGGAACUAUGACGGUCAAUACGAGCAUGCAGCCGAAAAGACACGCGCCUUGUUGGAACAUGGUUGUGCAUUUGCAGAGUUUGGUACGCGUCGACGACGUGACUUCAAAACGCAGGAUACGGUCAUACGCGCAUUAAAGGAAACCUUUGAAACUUACAAAACCAACUGUCUACAGGAAGGAAAGGAGGUCAAGGGUCUAUUGACAGGUACAAGUAAUGUAUACUUUGCUAUGAAAUACGCAAUGAAUGCGAUUGGUACUGUUGCUCAUGAGUUCUUCAUGGCCGUUUCUGCUCUUGAAAAUGUUCAGCACGCUAAUCGUGAAACACUUGACAUAUGGCACAAGGUGUACAAGGGAGCACUUGGCAUCGCAUUGACAGAUACGUUCACAACCCCUAUCUUCUUGAAGGAUUUCCAAUAUGACUUGGCAAGUGUGUAUACCGGUGUACGUCAUGAUUCGGGUGAUCCUAUGCAAUUUACAGAGACCAUGGUGAAUCACUACAAGUCCAUUGGGAUUGAUCCUAGCACAAAGACGAUUGUAUUCUCUGAUUCUCUCAAUGUGGAAAGAGCUAUUGCUCUAUAUGACCAUGCAAAGAAGCUGGGUAUCAAGCCUAGCUUUGGUAUCGGAACAUCGCUCACAAAUGACUUUAAAAAGGCGAGUGAUGGAAAGACAAAGAGCAAGCCUUUGAACAUUGUGAUCAAGAUUAAAGAGUGUAUAGGAAAACGCGUGAUAAAAUUAAGUGAUGAUGUUUUGAAACACAGUGCAGAUGAAGCAACCAUUUCAGCAUUUGAACACGAGUUGGGCAUAACUAAAUAAAGAUGAAUGUAUAGACUAUAGAGAAAAAGGGUCAUUUAAAGUAUAGUUUUUAAGUAAACAAUUUGAAGUCACAAAGAAUGUGUCUACUAUAUAAAAAAUGAUUAUGUGUGUAAUUGAAAUAAACAUGGACUUUACCAAAGGCAAAAAUUGGAAACAACCCUUCAAGGGCAAAAGAAAAUCAAAAAAAAGUGUCUCUCAAGAAGAGGUAUCACUCUCACCUUCCUAUGAGUUCUUGGAAGAGAUACGACAAAGGGAUCCAUUGAAUAAAGCAUGUGCUGAUUGUUCAGCUGAGAACCCAGAGUGGUGUUCGAUCAAUUUGGGUGUUGUGAUUUGCAUAG